AUGAUAUAGGUUGAAACAACAACUGUAAUUGUGAAUUAUGAAGAUAUUAUAGAUUAAGGAAAUUUUGGAUCUCUUUUCAAAGGUAAAAUUAGUUAGGGUAAAUUUGUGGCUGUAAAAAUACAAAAAGACAUUUCAGAUUUUGAAAACUAGAUUUUAUCGGCAAUUAAAGGAAAACAAUUUGAUCAUAUAAUUGAAGUGAUUGCUUUUGAAAAAAAGGAGAAAGCUGCUUACACAAUUAUGGAACUUGGUGAAAAGUUUGAUUUAAGUAAAAUUUUGAAUAAAAAGAAUGCAUGCUUGCAAAUGGCAAAAGGUGUUUAAGAAUUACAUAAAUUAGGAUUUUUUCAUCGGGAUUUAAAACCUGGUAAUUUUGUAAUAGGGAAAGACAACAAAAUCAUAUUGAUUGAUUUUGGGAUCUCAAAAAAAAUUGAAGAGAAAUCCUAAACCCAAAUGCAAGGAACAUAUCAAUAUAUGGCUCCAGAAAUAUUGAAAACCUAAGUUUAUGACCAUUCGGUUGAUAUUUGGUCUUUGGGAUUGGUUUUUUAUGAGGUCUUCCUAGGUUUAGUAUUUUUUACAAAUAAAUAAGAAGGUGAAAUAAUUGAUGACCUAAUUUAAAUCAAGCAAAUAUAAAUCAAUGAAAAAAUAAGAGCAAAUAAAAAUUUAGAAUAAUGGUAAUAAAAAUUACUGUAAAAAAUGAUUAUUCAAAGAUUAGAUAAUGAAAAUAAAUUAAAUAAGGAUGUGAAAAGAAUCAGUAUUGAUGAAGUAAUUCGUUAACUUGAAGAAGUAGAUGAGUUAAAUAAAUUAGAUGGUAAUUCAGGUUAUGCUAGUGAUGAUAAGUCUAUCCAUUUAUAGUAUUUAAAGCAGGGAAAAAACUAAAACACUAUUGAGUAAAAUAAUAUUUAGAAAUGUAUAUAAAAAGCCAUUCAAUAAAAAAUUGUAGAAUAUGUUUAAUUGAAAUAAGGAUUAAAAUUAUCUGUAAAUCGAUUAGGUGCUAAACUGAAUGGAGAAUUAUAAUAUUAUGAGUUAGGAGAAUAAAAGUACGAUUAUUAAUAUAAAAAAAUUAUUUUUAUUGGAGAAAAAGAUGUCGGGAAGACGACAUUAAUAAAUUCAUUUGUUAAUUAUUUUUUUAGAAUUACAUUAGAUGAUAAUUUUAGAUUAAUUGUAGCAAAUUAAGAACCAACCACUAAAAUAUCUCAUUAUUAUCUUGGAUCUUAUUAAAGACAGUAUGGAAUUAAUUUAAUAGAUACUCCUGGUACUUACGGAUAUAAUAAUGAGUAAAUUAAGAUGGUAUACGACUUCAUUAAUAAAGAGAAAUAAUUAAUUGAUAUAUUUGUUAUUUGUUUAAAAGUAACAGAAUAGCGACUAACCUUAGAAACCAAAUAAAUAUUAGAGUUGAUUGCGAAAUGUUUAGGCAAAGAUUCUAAAGAAUAUGCUAAUAAAAUAAUAGUUGCUCGUACGUUUUUUUAAGGAGGAAAUCUGGACGAAUCUAUAUUAACUUAUCCUAGUAGUCCCUUUUCAGAGAUUACUAAAUGGUUACCUAAUAAUUGGCAUCUGGGAUUUAACGGAGGUUCUGUUGUUAGGGAAGUUACAAACCGCAUUGAUAGAAUGUAUUUUGAGAUAAGCAUGUAAAAUUUUUAGAAAAUGGAACAGAAAAUUGAAUCAUAACCAUAGAAAAUCAUAAAAUAAAAUUUACUAAAUCAAUAAAGUAAGAUUAAUUGA